AUGGGUCUCUCAGCACCUGAAAUCCUCAGCAUCAUUGAGCUCAUCUUCUUUGCUCCGGCAAUAUUGGUUUCGGUAUAUGUCGUGUACAAACAUGGCCACCAAAGACAAUACGGCUGGAGAUUUUUGGUCUUGAUUUGUCUAUUCCGACUUAUCGCCGGUAUCACACAACUGGUUUCCGUCCAUCAUCCAUCAAGUGGCUUGACCAUCUGUUACGACAUCAUGAACAGCUUCGGGAUUUCGGCAAUCGUUUAUGCUGCCUUGGGUCUCCUGAAUCGAGUCGACCACGGCAUAUCACAGUCUAUCAUCCCUCGUAGAGCGUUCGCUCUCCUCGGCCUACCAGGCUUAGCCGGUGUCGUUCUGUGCAUCGUGGGCAGUAUCAAUGUCUUUGGUGGGGGGAGCAACCCUUCAGAGGGCAUCGCCGAGCUCAAAGCGGGCUUUGUCCUCUUUUCAUCCGUAUAUCUUGCCGAUGUGCUCAUCGCAGCGAUUUGCUUCUUCAAUAUCGCCCAGGUACAAUCGGGAGACCGACGACUUCUUCUCGCCGUCGCAGCGGCUCUGCCAUUCAUGACGGUUCGGGUUGUGUUUUCGCUUCUUUGUGUCUUCGCGCAGGAACCAAAGUACUUUAGCACCUGGACCUCUGGAUGGGUGGCCGUCUUGGUGCAUGGAUUAUUGGGCAUACUCAUGGAAGCAAUCAUCGUCUCUAUCUUCAUCGCUGCCGGCUUGACCACAGCACCCAUUCGAAAUCCAACGACCCAACAGAAGGAAACAACGUUAUAUGGACCUGAACCUGUGUCGACAAAGGUUUGA